CACAAGGUUUUGGGAAGAGAAACAAUGGCUAAUGCAAAGGAAACAACUUUUUAUAUAACAAUCUCUGUGGUUGCUUUUGUCAUUGGUAAAAUCGUAAUCGCUCUUCUUCUAUACAAGAGAUGGAAGAGAAAACACACAGUUGAUGAAAAUGGAUUUCCAGUUAAAGGAGGAGGAAAAAUGGUGAUGUUCAGAUCUCCACUACUAAACUCUGUUUCCUCCGACUUGUUUAUGAAGAAGACACAUAAGCUAAGUAACAAAGACAUUCUUGGUUCUGGAGGAUUCGGAACUGUUUACAGAUUAGCCAUUGAUGACUCUACAGUUUUCGCUGUGAAGAGACUAAACAGAGGGACCUCUGAAAGAGACAGAGGGUUUCAUAGAGAGUUGGAAGCAAUGGCAGAUAUCAAACACAGAAACAUUGUAACUCUGCAUGGCUACUUCACUUCUCCACAUUACAAUCUCCUCAUCUAUGAGCUCAUGCCUAAUGGAAGCUUGGAUUCUUUUCUGCACGGAAGAAAAUCUGGGGACAGAAAAGUUUUGGAUUGGGCGUCUAGAUACAGAAUCGCGGUUGGAGCGGCUAGAGGGAUUUCUUACCUUCAUCAUGAUUGCAUCCCUCACAUUAUCCAUAGAGAUAUCAAAUCUAGCAACAUACUUCUUGAUCACAACAUGGAAGCUAGGGUUUCAGAUUUCGGUUUAGCCACUUUGAUGGAGCCAGACAAGACUCACGUUUCCACGUUUAUAGCUGGAACAUUCGGAUACUUAGCUCCUGAGUAUUUCGAUACCGGUAAGGCGACAAUGAAAGGAGAUGUUUACAGUUUCGGGGUUGUUCUUCUGGAGCUUUUAACAGGAAGAAGACCAACAGAUGAUGAGUUUUUUGAAGAAGGAACCAAGCUUGUUACUUGGGUUAAAGGAGUGGUAAGAGACCAAAGAGAAGAGGUGGUGAUAGAUAACCGGUUACGAGGAGCACCGGUUCAAGAGAUGAACGAUGUGUUUGGUAUAGCGAUGAUGUGUCUUGAACCGGAACCGGCAGUUAGACCGUCCAUGACCGAGGUCGUCAAAUUGCUAGAAUACAUCAGCCUUUCGAAACGUUCUUCCUUUUGAUUUCUCUCUGAUUAAUUUUUUAAUUUCAUUAUGUGUUCAUUACUCGCGAGAAAGUGCGAGAGCAUGUUAUUAAGAAAAUU